UAUAUUAGUAGUUUAAGACUAAACUAUUAAAACCCAAUCUCGAACAAACAAAUUUCAGAUUGUCUUUUAAGCGGUUUGAAACUGUUCAUUAAAAUUGAAUUAUAAAACCUAGAAAAAAUAUGCCGAUAUUCGGGAGGUCGAAAUCCUCUCCGGAUUGGUCGGACCUAGGCAGGGUUUGUGUCGACCUAUUGGAAAGCCUACCAAGAGAAAAUGAGAAUGAGCAUCUCCGGGAAAUCUUUCAAACUAUUAGGACAAUGAAGGACACCAUAAUGAAUUCAGAGGCUGAUGAACAAACUACGUUCUGGCAAGAAACAUACAGUUCUGGCUUUUUACUCAAGGUUCUCCCAAACCUAAGAAAACUUGAUUUUGAAGCUAAGAAGGAUGUUAGACAGAUUUUCUUCUCCGCGCUCCAAAGACGGAUUGGAACCACAUAUCCUACUGUAGACUAUAUCCUAGAGAAGCCUGAGAUAUUGAACUUACUGUGUGCCCAGUAUGAGAGUCAGGGAGAUGGAUUAAACACUGGUCCCAUACUCAGAGAGUGUUUAUCCUACCCAGAGCUCACUUCAGUGUUCCUUGCAUCUGAGAGUUUAUACAAACUAUUCUCAUACUGUGAGCUUCCAACCUUUGAUACAGCUUCAGAUGCUUUCUGCACACUUAGAUUGGUGCUAACUAAACACAAAAAACUAUCCAGUGAGUUCUUGAACACAAACUACGAAAGGUUCUUCCAAAGGUUGGAUAAGAUGAUAUUGAGUGAGAACUACGCGACCCGGAGACAAUUUAUCAAACUACUAAGUGACAUACUUUUGGAACGGACAAACUUCACAGUAAUGAGUCAAUAUAUAUCUAACCCCCACCACCUGAAAACUGUAAUGGGGCUUCUCAAGGACAAAUCUCCAAGUAUACAAUACGAGGCAUUCCACGUAUUUAAAAUCCUGGCAGCAAAUCCCCGCAAACCUGAGAGUGUAGUUGAUAUACUUACAAGAAACAAAUCUAAACUUAUCAAACUUCUCACAAACUUCCUUCCAGAUAGAAAUUCUGAGGUUCAGUUCAGUGAAGAUAAGGAGUAUUUGUUAAAGCAAAUUGAAUCCUUGUAAACAGUAAUCAUCCUGUAUGUUUUGUUACAUGUUUCUAGUCGUAUAGUUUACCUACAGUAUAGUUUACCUACAGUAUAGUACCAGAAAGCUCUGGAAUAGGAAGACGACUUUAUAACAAUACUUAUGUGUAUUUGAUGUUGUUACAAAGCAAAUCGUUUUACUAGACACUUACUAAAUCACUAUUCAUUUAAAUUGUUCUGUUUAGUCAGAACAAUUUCUGUUUCUCAUAAUCAUUUGACUAUUUCAAAUGAUAACGUCUUCCAAUUUCAGAAUUUUCUGGUUAUCACUGUAUAUCUCUGUAUUUUAUUUUAUGUUCUUUUUCUAAAAUUUAAUAUCAUAAACUUGCUUCCUAAACUAAAAAGUAAUAUUUAUACUGGAUAUCGAAUAAAUAAGGAAAUCUCA